UGCUGCGUGGGUGCCGUGACAGUACAGUGACAGAGAGUCACCGUUUUUGUGAGACCAGCUCGCCACCGUGACCUUGGGGAGAAUUCGCCCCUGCCUGCACCAUGCUGAGACGGAAGCCCUCCAACGCCUCGGAGAAGGAGGCGGCGCCGGUGCAGAAGAGGAAGCUCUCUCUUCAGAGGUCUAGCAGCUUCAAGGACUUCAUGAAACCCAAGCCCUCCUCCCCCGUGGUGACAGACAAGGAGUUUCACCUGGAUGAGACUCUGGUGGAGGAUGUUUCUCUGGAGGAUCCUGGGAAAAGCAGUGGUAAACUCGGGAAGAAGUGGAGAGCCGUCAUCUCGCGCACCAUGACCCGAAAGACCUCCAAGAUUGUACAGAAAGCCCUUGCAGAAGAGGGGGGGGAGAGUGGCGAGGAUGGACCCAUGUCCCCUGUGUCCAUCGACUGGGCGCCGGACCUGAGUCCUGGGCAGCGGACUUCAGUGUGCUCCAACGAACCAGAGGAAGUCGUUCACAGCCCGCUAUCCCGCCAAUUCUCCGGCUGUGGAGACAGGCAGAGUCUGGACAGCGGCUACAGCCAGAGAGACAGCAUGAGGCUGGAGGACAACAGCGUCCCCUACACCGGGCCCUUCUGCGGCCGCGCCCGCGUCCACACCGACUUCACCCCCAGCCCCUACGACAUGGACUCCCUCAAACUGCAGAAAGGUGACAUCAUAGAUAUCAUCGAGAAGCCACCGGUGGGCACCUGGACGGGGAAACUUAACAACAAGGUGGGCUCCUUCAAGUUCAUCUACGUCACCAUCCUGCCAAAUGAGGCCACGCCCCCCCGGAGGAAGAGGUGCCACAGGAAGAACCACAAGUCCAGACCCAAACCCAAAACCCUUGAGGAGGUUCUGGAGAGGAUCGGCAUAACAGAGCUGGGCUCCCUGCUGUCUAUGCAAGGCUUCGAGGACUUGGAGGACUUCAGGGACCUGAAGGAGUCCCACCUCAACGAGUUCAACAUCACAGACCCAGAGCACCGCUCCAGGAUCCUGGCUGCUGUGGAGAUGCUGCAUGAUUCUGAAGGCGAAUCAGAGGAAGUGGAAAAGGAGGAGGGCAGCCAGAAGACAGACACCCCCCGGGACUCGGGCUGUUUCGAAAGUACAGAGAACCUGGAGAACGGACGUGAAGAACCAGCCCCAGAACAAGAACCAGAACCAGAACCGGAACCGGACCCAGAACCAAAGAAGGAUCCAGAACCCCAGAAGGACCCAGAGCCACAGCAAGACCCAGAACCCCAGCAGGAUACAGAACAACAGGAGGACCCAGAACCACAGCAUGACCCAGAACCUCAGCGGGAUGCAGAGCAACAGGAGGACCCAGAACCACAGCAUGACCCAGAACCCCAGCAGGAUGCAGAGCAACAGGAGGAUCCAGCACUUCAGCAGGAUCCAGAACAACAUCAGGACCCAGAACCCCAACUGGACCCAGAACCUGAACUAAGCGCCAUAGAGGAGCAGCUCGAGCAGCUCACAGUGGAAGAGGGAGAGUCCUGAGAGAGACACGCUGGGCUCCGGCUCCAGACCCUCUAUAUACACCCUGUACUCCAGGAACAGAACCUCACCAAUGGGUCACGUGAGCCACUGUCUGGAGACAGCCACGGUGACGCCACCACAGCUCACUGCAUCUGAAUGUUCAAGUCAUUCAUUCUGCAUGGGGACUGUCCUGCUUUCUGAGAUUCAUUCGCAGCACAGGCACAGCUUUUUCAGACAUGGAGACAGCUAGAGCUGACAGUCCCUAGUCUGGCUUUCAUGAGGACGAAUGACAAAAUGGCUUCCGUUGCACUUCCAGUCACCAGACAGACCUGGAGGUGAUUGUCACGAUUGGCUGAAGUGAAAUCUGAUGAUAACGGUCUGUGAAGGUAAAAAUUGUGAUCAGCAUGUAUUUUAAUGGCUAGAUUAUGUACAGUGCUAUGUAGAAUUUUUGUUUUACAUUUGAAACAUCUAACCAAUUGCUCUGCUUUAAUGCUACAGAGAUGAGACUUACUGACACAGGAAACAAGAAAGUGCUAGAUUUUUUUUCCUCGUGGUAACAGGUUUAACAACUUGCAUGCAUGCAAAAUGCAUACCAGCAUAUUUUUGGUCUCAUAAUCUUUCCCAUUGUGUAACACCAGACU